AUGUCAGGAGUCCACUGUCUGUAUAUAUUCGACAGGGCGGGGACGUGUUUGUACUAUCGCGAGUGGGACAGGCCAUGCCGGCCCACGGGGAGCCAGGAGGAUGAGCAGAAGAUGAUUUUCGGUCUCUGUUUCACGCUCAAGACCCUGGCGGCCGCCAUCGACCCAACGGAGGGGCGCAAGCCGCUGGGAAGCGCGCUCAAGAUCGGGGAGGGCUCCGCGUUCCGCAGCUUCGCGACAAACAACUACCGCACGCACUUCCAGGAGCAUCCGUCAGGUAUCAAGCUGAUCCUGCUGACCCGGACGGACUGGAUAGACUGUCAGCCGCUCCUGCGGCACAUUUACGAGCACGCGUACGUGCCGUACGUGGUGCGCAACCCCCUGUGCCAACCGGGGGUGCCCUUCCAGUCCGAGGGCUUCGAGAGCGAGCUGGAGACCGUGAUAGGCGCGGAAACGAAGUGA